AGCCGGAUUCCACAGUGUUUACGCGAGUGUGUCUCAGUGCGGAAGUUCGUGAAGCGGCGUCAUCCACAGCGGAGAUCAACGAUUGGCAUACGCACCUGCAGCACUACUUCAUAUCUCUCGAUAACGCUUCAUUCCAUCCUUCCUUCAGAAAAGUCGAUUUUUAUCCGCAAAAGCGAAGCGAGUGGAGGUACGUUCGAAACGAUCGACGAAUUCUAUUGCGCGAACUGGUUUAGAGGACGAAGCCGUCUUCGUCGAGGGAGAACGAUUCGACACAACCGGCGGACUGUACAAAGAUAAAAUAGAGCGAAACGUCAACGAGACAUGGCGAAGGAAUUCACGAGAAGCGAAAUCCAGAGAAACGACGAGGAGAACACUACGCUGUUCAUCCUGCAUGACAAAGUAUAUAAUGUUUACGACUUCCUCAACGAGCAUCCCGGUGGCGAGGAGAUCCUGCUCGAUCACAAAGGCAAAGACGCCUCCGAGGGCUUUGACGAUGUCGGACAUUCGAACGAUGCUAUGGAGCUGAUGAAGAAGUAUCAAGUCGGCGUACUCGUCGAAUCGGAAAGGACGAAUCGAUCACCAAAGCGGGGCUGGGUAUCGGGAUAUGCCUCGAAAGAGGCAGAGAACUACACGAAGGGACCCGGCAUACCCUUUUAUUUGCUCAUAGGUGGAAUCGCGCUCGCUAUGACCUUCUUCAUAUUUUAUUCUUUUUAAACAAUCAUCUUCGUUGGAUAAUUAUACGCAACGCGAGAAUGCUGCGUACGUGUGAUAAUGUGAUAGAACGAGGAACAAGACACAGAAUGCAGGAUCAUUCUCAUAUUAUCUAUUAAUGCUAUUAUGUUUUCGAAAAAACAUUCACGUUUUUCUAACAAUAAGUAAUUAAUUUUAUUUUGAAAAGAGAGGUUUUGUUUUAUACACUUGUAUUUCUCAAGAUGGUUAAUGUUCAAAUGAUAAUUUCCAAUAUGCAAUAUUUAUAAAUGAAGAUAUACAAUUAAUUACGAAGAAUAUGAAAAUAGCAUCGAAUUUUAUAAAUUGAACAAAGAUUUUCAAUAAAAUUAAAGCAUAUUUGUCAAUUCGUUGGAUUAACUUCAAAUCACCGAUUUAAAUUUCAUUUUCUUACGUAAAUUGUUAAGUUUCAUUCAAAAUAAGUUUCAUCUGAUGUCUUAUCAGACUGAUUUCUAUAGUGUAAGCAAAUUGCUUAAGUCAAAAUAGUUUACUUUAUAUGUGAUUAUCGGACAAAUUAAAAAAACAGUCAUUAUAUGAUGAUUCUGCAGUGCUGCAAUAAAAACGAAAAAAUCAAACUGAAUGAAAAAAAGACUAUCGCUUGAAAACAAGUCGGAAAAUAGUAAAGUAUAUAGUUAUAGAUAUCAGAAAACUUGUAUACGCACAAACCGUUUCGAAAAAUUUAUAAAAAUCAUCAGUCAUAUAUAGAUUCUUUAUAUUUUAAAUUUUCCAUAAAACUACAAAAUUUCAAGCAUUGAAAAAAUAUCAAUUUUAAUAAAUAAUAUUUUUUAUAAUUUAAUUUUUUUUUUAUUUUUUUUACAAUUUAAAAAAAUGCAUAUACAUUUAUUGUAUGCAUAUAUAAAUGUAAAAUCUUGAAAUUUCGUCGAAAUAAGGGAUACAAUAAAUUACAAUUGUGCAUUAAAAGCUAAAGAAAUAAUUUGAUAAUUGCUGAGAAAAUAUUUGAUAACUUGUAUCAAUUCGAUAAAUAAUGUUCGAAAUUCCCUAUGCAUUCUUUUUUAAAAACCAUUUUUAUCUCUGAAUCCAAGAUAAGAUUAUCGCUUUUAUUUAAAAAUGUAUCGACUUUCUUUCGUAUUUACUUAUGUAUAAGGAAAAAAUAAGAUGCGUAAUGCGUUUAUCGUAUACUUUUCAUUACUUAUAUCGCACACUUUACAUCGAACUUUACUUGUUAAAAAUAUUGAUUAACAUUAUCAAUUUUCAAGUGUUAUUUCUUUUUUAAAGAUAAAUUUUUAAGCAUAAAUUCUCGGCACAAUAUGCUGUUCCAUACCGUAUCUUCACUGCUGUGUACUUCUGUAUUGCAAAACGAUACACUAAAAAAUAAAAUUUGGAAUCUUUGCAAUCUA